GCCCCGCUCCCUCACGGUCCUCCACCGACACUGCCCCGCUCCUCGGUAUCGGAAGUAUCGGUCCGUGUCAGCCGGAAGUACGAGCGGCGAAUGCGAAGCUUCGGCGUGGUGGACAGUCGCCAUGACAAUUGUGAUCGGGUUCGAGGGGAGUGCCAACAAGAUAGGAGUUGGGAUCGUCAAAGAUGGCGAGGUGCUCUCCAACCCAAGGAGGACGUACAUCACACCCCCGGGGCAAGGUUUCCUUCCGAGGGACACAGCUAAGCAUCACCGUCAGUGCGUGCUCGAUCUCACGAGAGAAGCCUUGGACCAGGCAGGCAUCAGGCCGGAGGACAUCGACUGUGUGGCUUAUACCAAAGGGCCAGGGAUGGGGGCGCCCCUGGUCUGCGUGGCAAUCGUGGCCCGCACCUUGUCCCAGUUAUGGAACCGGCCCCUCCUAGGGGUGAAUCACUGUGUCGGGCACAUCGAGAUGGGCAGGUUGAUCACAGGAGCCACCAAUCCCACUGUCCUGUAUGUCAGUGGCGGCAACACACAGGUCAUCGCCUACUCUGAACAGCGGUACCGGAUUUUUGGGGAGACGAUUGAUAUCGCGGUGGGCAACUGCCUGGAUCGGUUCGCCCGGGUACUCAAGAUCUCCAACGACCCGAGCCCGGGAUACAACAUCGAACAGAUGGCGAAGCAGGGAACGGUCUUCGUCGAUCUGCCCUACACAGUGAAGGGAAUGGACGUCUCCUUCUCGGGGAUUCUAUCUCACAUCGAGGACGUUGCUGAGGUGAUGAUUGCGACUGGGAAGUAUACGGCCGAGGAUCUCUGCUACUCCCUGCAGGAAACGGUCUUUGCGAUGUUGGUGGAGACGACUGAGAGGGCAAUGGCGCAUUGUGGAUCAGAGGAGGUGCUCAUCGUCGGAGGGGUAGGAUGUAACCGGCGCUUGCAGGAGAUGAUGGGGGUGAUGUGCGAGCAGAGGGGAGCCAAGGUCUUUGCUACCGAUGAGAGGUUCUGCAUUGACAACGGUGCCAUGAUAGCCCAGGCGGGCUGGGAGAUGUUCCGGGCUGGACAGGUGACCGCGUUGGAGGACUCCUGGAUCACUCAGAGGUACCGGACGGACGAGGUGAAGGUCACAUGGCGGGAGUAGUCCUGGCCCUGAAGUAGCGGCAAGUCGCCGCGCGAGCGGAGGGAAGUGACAAAGGAUGCGAAUCGCUCUGUAUCAGCCGGUCUGCAGGGAUGAGGCUUGGGGGCGAGGACUGCGCUCAGUAUCAAAAAUAAAAAAAAAUGCUCCAAAC